UCAUUAAUCAUUUUAUUAAUUUUUUAUUUGAUGAAUGUUUUAUGUAACAGAAAACAACAACCAAACGUCUUCUGUAACCACUGACCAGUCGCUCACAUCAGUCUUUGGAGAUUUUUGCCCACUCCUCUUUGCAGAACUGGCAUGUACCACCUGCUUCAAGUCUGGCCACAACAUUUAAAUUGGAUUGAGACCUUCUUUCUUUUAAGCCAUUCCUUGGUGGGUUUGCUUGGCUGCUUAGAGUCAUUGUCUUGUUCCGUCACCCAUUUUCAGCCCAGCGUCAGCUCUCUGACUGAUGGCAGGAGAUUCUCUUCAAGAAUUUGUUGAUAGGUGUAAGAAAUCAGGUUUCCCUGAAUAAUAUGGUGUCACGUGUUGGGAGGAGGUUCCUGGAAUUCACUGUUGUCUUCUCUCCAAACAUGUCGGCUUUGAUUAGGACCAAAUAAAAUCUAUUUUGUAUGCUUCGGUCCAAAUAAUCUUCCAAAAAGCUUCUGGUUUGUCCAAAUGCUCCCUGGCAAAGUUGAACCGGGCAGCUUUGUUCUAUUUUGAGAGCAGAGACUUCUAGCAAACCUCCCAUAAAUGUCAUGUCGGUUUAAUUAUCUUCUGAUUGUAGACAUGAACAUUUACCUCAGAUGCUGCCAGAGAGGUCUGCAACUCUCUACAGGUGAUGUGUGGGUUGGCCUUUACCUCAUUUAUUAUUUUUCAGGUGCUUCUUGAUGAUAGUUUUGAUGGGCAUCCACUUCUAGGGAGGGAUUGGAAUCUCUUGGAGAUGGUCUUAUAGCCUUCAUCAGACUGACGGGCCGAGAUAUCUCCUUUCCUCUUGGCAUUGUUUGACUCCUUGGCACUACAGUGGUUGGUUUCCUCUCUAUUUUAAUCAAUGUUGCCCAGCCACUUUGCUAAGAAUGUCUAAUUUGAUUGGUCGGCUUUACUGAUUAAUUAAGCAUCCAAAUAUGUUUCUCUUGAAUUUGUUAUCCACUUGACUUUACCAAUGCAGCUGGGGCUUCACUUUUGCACAUACAAUAAAUCAAUCUUUCAUGUAGUUUUUUUGGCCACUCACAAAAUCCCCUCUAAACAAACAUAUGCAAUUGAUCAACAUACAUCUGACAUUUAAUUUUUAACACACACACACACUGUAAAAAAAAAAAAAAAAAAAAAGAUUACUAGCCAAUGGCUAUUCAGUUGCCAAGGUUGUCCAUAGAGGGUUGUUUUAGAAACAACAGCAAUAGAAAAAUAUGUGGUCACCCUCAGUUUUAAAUAGAUUCCUUUCUGAAAACUGACCAGUCUUUAUAAACUUAGAGCCUCCCUCUUUCUCUCCCUCCCAUUUCAGUUUGUCCCAGUCUUUCAUUCUUUAACAGCCAAUUCACUCUUUCAUUGCUUCACUCAGUGCAGCUAAACUUCAGUGUUGACAUCUAUGAGCGGAUUUUAGACUCAUUUGAACUGAACUAAGAGGAACAUGCUCAACAAUAGCUGAAGGACUUUAAAUGUUGAACAGGUAGCUACUAUUGUGGUGUUGUUUAUGACUGCCCUUAGCGGUAAAAGUGCUGUCUUUCUAGUUUCUCCUUUUCGUACUUAGUUCUCAGGUUACUGUUUUAGGUAAACAGUUCAGUACAGUAUCUGCAUAACGCAGAUAUGUUUAAUGUGAUUCCAACCUGUUGAUUUAAUUUGGUCUGACGCACUGUCAAAAAGAUCGAGUUUUGCUUCAGUCUGUGUUAAUAGGUAAGAAAUUGUACAAUAGAACUGCAAGAUGAUUUUAUUUAUCUAAAAUUACUUUUUGUAGCUUUCAGAGCGUGUUCAUUCCUGACUGUGUUGCUGUUUUUUAUAUUUUAGUCAGAAAGGUGCGUUUUAGGACGUAAAGUUCCUCUUUCUCUAAUUAGCUCAAUAAUUGCUUUAAUUAAAGUCUUACGGUGACUGUAUGCUCUAAAGAAGAUCCGACUAAUUAUUGACAUUUAUCAUGCCAUAGGUGACGUUUGAUACUCAUAAGAAUCGAGACAUGACCUAAAAACCCACUGACUGAUGAACAUGAGGUCCAGAAUGAAAGGAGUUUUUUGUUGUGGCAUUUUGCCGCUGUUUCUCUGGACAUUUGUAAGCGGACAAGCGUCCUGUCCUAUCGAGAUCAACAGAACAGAGCUACAAACUUCAUAUGAAAAACCAACCAAGCUGACCUUCAACAGUGCCUUUAUGUCUCCAAUUGUACAUUCAUUCCUGGGAUCUGUCCAGCCCAAAGCAUUCCCUACAGAUCUGCUGAUUAGAAUGAUAAAAGAUAACAACUACAGCAUGGAGAGGGUUAAAGAGGUUUUGCUAUAUGAGAUAGGUUUCCUGGUCUGCGUGGCCAUUGGGAUCCUCUACAUUGUCCUGAUGCCUCUAAUUGGCCUAAUCUUUGCCUGCUGUCGUUGCUGUGGUAACUGCGGGGGCCGCAUGGAGCAGAAGCAAUCAUCGAACAUCCACUGCAAGCGAAGAAGCUUUUACUUGGCCACUUUUAUCAUCACUGUACUAAUUCUGGCAGGGAAUGUUUGCAUGUUCCUGAGCAGUACAAUCACUUCAGAGACUGUUAUGCGCAGCCCCACAGAACUCACUGAAGUCUUGGAGAAUGUCAAAAACUAUCUUGACACUAUUCCUAAGCAAAUCGAUCAAAUUAAGAAUGAGAGCUAUGCGACUGUGGAUGAGGUCAAAAGCAAUGUCAAUGAAACAGGGCCUUUGCUUGGUAAAUUAAUCCAAAAUGGUCUUAAAGGUCCCCUCGACCCAGCGUUCAAUUCCAUUACUGAAAUAGCCCACGUGAUAAACAGCACCAGCAAUGAACUGCUGAAGCUUAAUAAAACCUUGGAGCUGUUGAAACCAAAGCUGGAUGUGCUGAAAGCUAAUUUAUCUGCUGUGAGACAGCGGAUUGACAACACUUUGCAUAUGCCAGACUGUGUAAACUGCACUUCCCAGCUACCAGAACUGAACAAACUAUCACUGGAAGGAAGCCUUGACUUUCCUGAUCAAGACGACCUGAGAUCUUCUGUAGACAAGGCUAUAAAUGCUGAUGUCAUUGGACAGGCAAAUAAGGGGAGAGACUUUUUUGACAGCAUUCCAGCAAAGGUGAAAAAUGAGUCCAGACUAAGUGUGCAGGUGGCUCUAUUGCAGCUUGAAAGAAUAAAAACCAAGAUCUCAGGUGUGACCAAAGACCUUCAUCUUGAUGCUUUGAACAAUAUCUCAGCAUUACUAACGGACGUGCGGACAUUGAUCAACGAUAAUUCCCCUUAUAUAGAGAGAUCAAGUCAAAUCAGUCGGGCUGUUGGAUUGGUCCUGAGCUGUGUGAUUUUGCUGGUGGUGAUCUGUAACUUUCUGGGUCUGCUGCUGGGUGUAGCUGGACUAAAUCCUAAAGACAAUCCCUCUGAACGUUCUGGCACAUCUAACUGUGGAGGAAUAUUUUUCAUGGCAGGAGUAGGUUUCAGCUUCCUGGUCUCCUGGAUCUUCAUGUUAGUAGUGUUGAUACUUUUCAUAGUGGGAGGAAAUACCUAUACCCUGAUCUGUAAACCAUGGCAAACCAAGGAACUCAUCCAGCUUAUUGACACUCCAGGGCUGAUUCCAGGUCUGAACCUGUCCACGGUCCUGAAUUUGAAAACAAACCUGAAUAUUAUAAAUGUGUACAGUGACUGUCAGAAGAAUAUGCCGUUGUGGACCACAUUUCAUCUGAAUGAGAUCUUCGAUCUAAAUAGUAAAUUAGAUGUUUCACAGUACACUAAUGAAAUUGAUCAGACCUUUAAUGGGUUACAAAUCAACAUAGCAAACAUCACCAUCCUCAGUCCAGAGGUAAAGUCCCAGCUAAACAACUUCUCCAGCAGGACCAGCAGUAUGAACUUCAGCAACAUUAUACAUCAGAUUAAUGACUUGUCAGGGAAUGAUCUGAGCUCAGUAGCAGAAAGUCUGGAUGUCUUGGCUGGCAAACAGAGUAACCAAGCUAAAAAAGAUGAACUGCAUGGGGAAGCAAGAGAUCUGCGUGACAUCCAGACUGACGUCAUGUCUAACAUUAUGCCUUUGCUGAAGGAGCUGAACAGCACUGUUAAGAAUCUCAGUGAAGAAGCAUCACAAAUCACUGCAGCUAUGGAAAAUGUUUUCAAAGAAGUUGGCUAUGCUCAGGACGUCCUGAACUACAACAUAUCAAAAAUAGUGCAAACUGAAAGCAGGGCAUUCGUAGACUGUCAGAUAAAAAUCUUUCAGACAUUUCUUUACUGGGCAAAUCAAACGAUCACAGAGAAGGUGGGUCGUUGUGGGCCUGCAGCUGCAGCAGUAGACAGAUCAGAGGAGCUCGUCUGUAAACACUUGGUAGAAUCUUUGAAUGCCUUUUGGUUGAGUUUGGGCUGGUGUAUGAUGUUCCUGAUCCCCAGCAUCAUUUUCUCAGUUAAACUGGCCAAGUACUACCGCAGGAUGAAGUAUUCAGAUGCUUAUGAGAACAAUAACUUCAUGAUGAAUCCUUUCCCAAAGGCCCACCUCAAACCUGAAUUAUUGGGAAAUGGCAAACAACCACAUUUUACAUAAGCACAUAAAUAAAAAUGACUGUUAAGUUAUAAAAAUUUACCCACAGAUCAAUUAAUUGACAAGUAUAGACAAUGUUUAGCUUCUUUGUACCCCUUUCUUUGUUUUUAUUGCAGUAGAUUAUCAUAAAUUCACUUUGGAUCAAAUUAUUUUAGCUCUUGAUAUUUAAAUGAAAAGCACAACUUUACUGUUACAACUGUAAUAUGUUUUUGUAUUGUAAGGCAUUAAUGGGAGUUAAAGCUUUAGAACGCACUUUACGUGGUCCUGUAGGCAUUGAAAUUUAUUUAUGCCAUUUUUCAAUAAGAAAUAUGGGUAUGCUGUUAUAGAUAUACUGCUGGCAUAUAUUUUAUAUAAAACAACCUUUCUAUUAGAUUGUCCUAAUAAUGAAUUUAGCUCAUGAGUUACUGUGGAGACUGUGAUUGUAUAAACCAGCAAGAAGUGGCCUCUUUUUGAAGUGUUGUGCUCUGAGGCCUGUUAAACAUUUCUAUCUUAUGUCAUGUAUUAAUUACAAUCAUAAUAAAAGGUGCUGACACUACCAUGCUGAA